GGACUGGACCGAACCGGACCGAACCGGACUGAACCGGACUGGACCGAACCGGACUGAACCGGAUCCUCUCAUUGUUUCAGAGCGGAGCCAUGAAGAAGGUUCUCCUGCCUCGUCGUCUGGCUGCUGAGCUCCAGCAGGCUGAGGCGCCACCUUCCCUGAGAGCCGUGAUGAGGAACGAUCCCGUCCUGCAGUCCAGGUUCAGCUUCUCGCUGCCGGUGCUGCAGUGGGCGGGAAGCUGGUCCCGGUCGUCCUGGACGCAGCUGAAGGACCGGGCGCCGCCGUACAGCUGGAAGGGCCUUCCUGUGUCCGGAAGGCCCUUCCAAAUGUCCGGUGGCCCAGACUUCACCUGUCGCUGUCUGCCUUCCUCCUCCUCUUCCUCGCCAGUCCUCCAGGCCAGCCUGCCGCUCCUCAACAGCUCCAGGCUCUUUCAGCGGGACUCACCUGGCAGGUGCGUCCGCUGCGCCGUGGUGGGGAACGGAGGAAUCCUCCGAGGCGCCGGCCAGGGCAGGAACAUCGACGGCCACGAUUUGGUCUUCAGCCAGAGUUUACAUGGAGUUACCAUAGUAACCGAUGAAUCUGAUCCAGGUGAAAGAACCAGAAUUUCUGGGUCAGAACCCGUCUGUGUUCUGCAGGUUUCGGCUUACGGAUUCAUCACCAGGAACUACGCCGACUUCUCUGAUCAUUACUACGACUCGGUGCCGAGGCCGCUGCGCUUCUUCGCCAACCACGACCUGCAGAUGGAGGGCGGCCUGUGGGAGGCGCUGCAUCGCCGUGGGGUGCUGCGGUUGUUCCAGAGAGGAAGAGGAAGAGGGAAAGUGACUGGAAGCGGGAGGGAAGGAGUCUGACGGAUCUUCGAAGCUCCGCGGAGCCGCGACAACACAACCGGAAGAGGACCGAUUGGGGUUUCAAAAUAAAAGCCUAGUUAUUACAUCUUUGGUAUGAGAACAUAAAAUCGGGAGUGGGCAAUAAAUCAGUUUGAUACAUUAUUUUCUGUUUAUGAAGAUUUACGUUUUGUAAAACUGAUAUAUAUAUUUAAAUGAAUUAGACCCUCUGGGCUUCCGUAGUUCAGUGAUGUCAGCCAAUCCCGUCAACCAUUUUGUUUUCCAGUUUUUAUUUGCUUAGAUUUUUAAUUCAGGUCAAAUCCCAGAAGGAAUGAUUGAAAUAAUGCAAGUUACUUUAAAUAUUGUCUGACAUUUGUAAAUAUUAUUUUUUAAAUUAAGGGGGAGGGAAAUCAGAUUUUAUUUUCAUGUUCCAUCACCCUAAAAUCUUUCUCACUAUGUGUAGAUGAAGGUUUGUGUUGCUUUAAACUGUAUUUUAAUAAAAAUAAAAACCUUCAAUAUUGAAUAAAUAUAAGAACAGAAACCAUCUGAUUUGAGCUGUUCUUUAUUUUAUUGUACGGUGGGAAUAAAAGUGUAAACA